AACACUAUACAUGGUUGAUUUUGACCUGAUUAACGAUCCCAUUGUUUCCAUUGAUGCCAUUGACAUUCAUUUCAGAAGUUUAUUUUAUAUAUAUUGAAAGCCUGGAUUUUAGAUGUGUUCUAAGUUUCCAAUGUCUGUAAAAAUCAGCUUUGGAAUACAUAUUGUCUCAAAUGUUCAAAUAUAGGUCGACAAAUAAAUACAUACAAAAUUUCCAAGUUUCUCUUCAUCAGUUUUCCCUUCUAUUGUAUAUGGUAUGAAAAUAUGAAAAAUUUGGGAUUAUAUCAUUGCAUUAUUCAAUAUUUCAAUAAAAACAGAAACUAUUCUAUUACUAAUAAUAAGAUGUGUAUUUAUUUUAAUUUAAAUCUUAUUUUAUUAUUAUUUUUAAUUACUUUUAAUUUAUUAUCAAAUUCUUUUUUAUCAUUAUGUUCUAAUUUACCUAAAUCAACAAAAUUAACAACUUCUUUAAAUACUUUGAAUCAAUUUAAACAUUGUUGUGAUGAUGGAUUAAUUGCUGCUCAUAGUUUAGAUUUACCAAUUUUAACAAGUCAAACCAGUGUAACUAAUACUGAAACAUGUGCAGAGAUAUUACAAUUUGGUACAUCAGUAGUUGAAGAUGAUGCUGAAAAUUUAUCUUCAAAUCAUUUUUGGUGUCAACGUGUUCAACAUUUCUGUUGUUUAUCAGCUAGAAGAUUAAAAGCUUGUCAAAUUGGUUCAGAUCAUGUUAUUAAAUCUAAUUCAAAUAAUUGUUCGAUUGGUGAGUUUAAUCAUUUAAUUGACAAGAGAUUAACACCAAUCGCUCGGGAAUGUUGUCUAUGCCAGUUAAUAUGGCGUAAAAGUUUAAUAAAUGAAAAUAACUUAUUCAAAGAUAAUCCAGAGUCUGUACAAAGUGUUUGCCCCAAUGGAAAUUGUUGUAAUUUUCUUAAUAAGAUAUUAAUGGAAGGUAAUACAACUUCAUCCAAAUCAUCAAUGAUCAUGUCUGACGAUCCUAAUGUUCAUAGAAUUAUAACGGAAUAUUUAACUACUACUGAAGAAAUUGCUAUGUUGAUGACCACUUCGUCUACACCAAUUACAACGGAAAAAUCAGUGGAAAUGACUACAAGUACAACCACAACAAAAAAGCAAAUAGUAGACGACGAAGAUGACUUUUCGUUCAGUCUUGUUGGUGGCAUAGAUUUACCAGAUAUUUGGGAAGAAACAGAUAUUGAUAAUACAUCACUAACCAACAAAACUAUAAAUAACCACACUGCUGAUCUAGUUACAGCAUCUACUCCUUCUACCAAUCUUCCUUCAAAAACUGAUACGUCCACUGAUGCCACUUCUAUUAUUUCUGUGGAGUCUACACCGGGGACAACGGUUACUGCCACCACGGCUACUACGUCUACUCCUACCUCUGCGAGUACUUUGGCAACCAGCAACCAUACCAUAACCACCAAAUUGUCAAACGAAACAACUCCUACUAGCUUAAAAGAAGUUAGUCAGUUGGAAACUAUACAAUGUCAAGAAAAUUUUGUUUGGGAUAGCAAACAACAGUUGUGUGUUCGACUAAUGUUCUCAUGUCCAGUAGGAAUGUAUCUUAAUAAAGAAACAAGGAAGUGUGUUCUUGAAUCAACAGAUAAAUCAGAUUGUCCUAUAGGUUACAAGUUAUCCAGUACGCGAGAUGAAUGUGUAGACAUAAAUGAAUGUAUGGAAGGUCUCAGCUCAGGUAGAUUACCAUGUGAAGGUGAAGGAACAAUGUGUGAAAAUUUACCUGGAUCCUACAAUUGUUCAUGUAUUUCUGGAUUUUCAAUGGCAUCAGAUGGGACCUGUGUUGAUAUUAAUGAAUGCACAUCAUUGUACAAUCCUUGCCUUGCUGGUCAACAAUGUCGAAAUUUAAUUGGUUCAUAUCAGUGUAUUCGUGAGGUCCCAUGUGGUUACGGUUAUGUAUUAAAUCCUAGAACUCAACAAUGUGAAGAUGUUGAUGAAUGUAAAGUCGAUCCACUUAUAUGCGGUAAAGGUAUGGCAUGCAUAAAUGUUCGUGGAGGUCAUAAAUGCGUUGAUUAUCAUUGCCCUGGAAAUGCAAAACGAAACAAAAUUGGUGAUUGCGUUCCAUGUCCUACAGGAUAUGUAUACAAUGCCUCAAGCGGAGUAUGCGAUGAUAUUGAUGAGUGUCAACAAGCAAAUAAAUGUAGAUCUUGGGAGAAAUGCAUUAACGAACGUGGUUUCUUUUUAUGUGAAGCCAAAUUAAAUUGUGCUCAUGGUACGCGAAUUAAUGCCAAUGGUACAGAAUGCAUAGAUAUAGAUGAAUGUUUGGAAAGAAGUUUUCACUGUGAUGAUGGGAAAAUAUGUGUUAACACCCUAGGUUCAUACUACUGUACAGAAUCCAAUUGUACUGUAACUCAAAUAUAUGAUUAUCAGGAAAAAAAAUGUACUUGUGAGAAAGGAUAUCAUAUUCUUGAAAAUGAAUGUGUAGAUAUUGAUGAAUGCUCUGAAAACAAGCAUAACUGCACCUACGACAGUACUUGUAUGAAUCAUAUCGGAGGAUUUCGCUGUAUACGAAUAGAAGAAUGUCCAUCAGGUUUAAAACGAAAAUCUCAAUUUUCAAGAUGUGAAGAUAUAAAUGAAUGUGAAUUGAACAUAGACAGUUGUGGUGCUCAUACAUUUUGUAAAAAUACUAUUGGUUCUUAUCAGUGUAUAUGUAAACAUGGAUAUAAGAAUAUUAAUGAAACAGAUUGUACAGAUAUUGAUGAAUGUUCAAUAUUUACACCAGCGGAAUCUUGUCCUGAUACAAGGGCUCGGUGUGUGAAUACCCAAGGAAGUUACGUUUGUGUCUGCCCUGAAGGUUUUAUUUGGUUAGGUUAUCCAGACUUAAAAUGCAAAGAUGUUAAUGAAUGCACUGAAAAACCAGAUAUUUGUGGAAAAGAACACCAGUGCGUAAAUAUGAUUGGCGGUUAUCGAUGUCAGUGUGCUCCUGGAUAUAAAAAUGGAGAAAAUGAAAAGUCGUGCGUUGAUAUCGACGAAUGCAAUGUGAAACCGUACAAUAAUGAUAUUAACUAUAUAUCGCCGUGUCCAUAUUCAUUAUGUAUUAAUCAACCUGGAAGUUAUCAAUGCCAAUGUCCUGACGGAUUUCGGCUAGGGAGAGGAAAUCGAUGUUAUGAUAUUGAUGAAUGUCAUGAAAUGGAAAAUGUGUGUAAAUCAAAUAAUCCAUAUGCUCCAAGUCAAGCCUGUAUAAAUCUUAUGGGUAGUUAUCGAUGUGUAUCUGACGAGACUCCACCAAAUUAUGUGAAGCAUAGACUUGGUAAUGGAUUCAGGUAUGAACUUAAAGAUAAUACAAAAUGUUCAAACAUUGGAGAAAAAUGUAUUCAACGAAUGGAUGAUUUAUUUAUUGAACUAGAUCAAGAUGCACGUGUACCACAAACAUUAGCGCGAAUCGAUACUAAAGGUUUACCCACGGGUGUCGUACGAAUAGAUUUAAGUAAACAUUAUGCAUAUCAAGCAUAUAGUGGAAAACAAAUUCCUGUUUCAACAGCAUUUCGUCUACAACCAAGUCGUUCACACACUGGCAGUGUUGAAGUUCGCCUACUUCGUAAAUUACCAGCCCCAAUGAAUAUUCUAAUAUCCGUUCAUGUGACAAUAUCCAAAGGUGAUAUAGAAAUUGCACAUGCUGUCACUAAACUUUACCUGUUUGUUACACAAUCAUUUUCUGAACGAUUGAGAACAAGCAGAAUAAUUCAAAGAGGAAUAAUUUAAAUAAUACGUUGUCCCUUCUAUCCUUUACUCGUCUGCAAUUAAAUGUUUUUAUUAUUAUUCAAUUAGGAUCACUGAGAAAUUUUUCCCUCUUUCGGUUUGUUUACCAUCCUUUUACACCUAAAAUUUUACUUCAAAAUUUACAAUGCGGUAUAAAAUCAAUGCAGUCAAACUAAGCUGAUUAGUCAGUAACAAAAAAAAACAUUUUAACAAGUAAUAUUUAUUCAGAAAGAAUAUCGUAUACCUGCUGAUACUGUAAGCGAUGAUCGGUAUCAUUUAUUAGUUUACUGACAAAUGAGGAGUCGCACAUGAACAUGCAGUGAAACAUAUUCAUCUAUACAAACAUAGUCUAUUGCAUUUUAUACACAUUCAUAUUCUUAUAAACUACUUUCAUCGAUACUGUCAUACCUAUGAUAAAUAUAUAUAUACAUCAGAUUCAAUAAAUCAAUAGAUUACGCAACAUUGAUUAUCUUAACAUAUAAACAAACAAACUUAUAUACAUACAUAAGCAUAUAUACGCGCAUAUAUAUGUAAAUUAAUCGUUUAUUUCUCUACCCUAUAUCUCAAUAAUUUCUUUCUUGUUUAAGCGCCACUCCAUGGGUAUUCAACCAUUGAUGAGAUUAUCGUUUUUUGAGUAUAUAAAUAUAUGUUUAAUAUUCUUAUCCAAGAAAUAAAACUGAAACAUUAUUACUACUCCUAAUAUCACUACUAAUACUACUAUUAUUGUUAAUUAUCACGUAUUACUGUAAUAUUUAUGUUUGUGUAUAUGUACGUUUUGCUUAAAUGACAUCACUUUAAUAAAUGCUACUUUCUUUUGUUUUCAUGAAUCGACAACAGCGCUGAUAAUCACCAAGCUAUAUAAGCAAAUAAUCAUUUCCAACUCACUCGUAACUGAAUUCGGGACAAUAUUCUUAAAGUUCUAGUAAGAGUUCAUGAUUCGUAUGAUCAAUGUAGUUGCCACUCAAAUAGUGAAUCUUUGAUGACAUUGAACAUUUUACUGUAAACUAAUUGAAAUUUGGAACGAAUGUCAUUAAAAUUUUACGCAGCAUCACAAUAACAUAAUGUUCUCAGUGAGAUCUGAUCGUUCUUGUUUUGAUUCCUUAUAGAGUUGUGGAUACCCUGAAUAAAUAGCAUCAAACUAGAAUAAAGUAUUUUCCCUUUAGUUUGCAGUCAAUUUUCAAAUGUCAUCUCGUGAUAAAAGUUACUUUCAAAUUGAGUUUAUAAAAACCACUCAAUUUCAAAAAAAUAUCUGGUUACUUGCUAUUCAGUUUUCAUAAAUAAUUGUGUUUCCUAUGGUUAAAUUUCAAGUAACAAAAUUAUAACGGGGUUUCAGUUGAAUUUUUUGAUAAAUAAAUAUCAAAAUUAUGCACGCUGUAGAAACGGAAUACUCGUUAUCGUCAAAGCCUGUUGUCUAAGUUUUAUGCAGAAUACAACCCUGUUUAUUCGUCAAACGACAAGAUUGCUCGUAUGUUACGCGUAAAAACUGUUUUAUUCCAUAUGGAUAAAAAAUGUGUUGUUGGAUCAUUGAAAACACUUACUGAGAAAAACACUUGGUUUUCUCAUGUUUCAUUCUUGUUUAAACGAUUGUUUACUAUUUUAAAGAGAUAAUACUUUUCCUCAGAUAUUUUUAUUUCAAACGACAAUUGAGUAGAUUCGAAUUGGAUAACUGAUUUUGUGUGUGUAGGUUAAAUUUUCGAGUAUUCAAAUAAAAAAUUAAAGACUCGUAAUACUUGAUCUAAAUAAAGGUGUUUUUAAUGGAAUCUGAAAUAACACUAUAAAUCUGUUCAUUGCUAUACAUAGUUUUCUUUUUAGAUAUCAAUAUACACUAUUUAGAAAUUCACUGACACGAUCAUAUUAUAGUUACAACUUAAGGUAAAAUACUGACAGAUAACUAGGCAACAGUUAUUAAUUUUAUGAUACUCAGUAUCAUUCAGCAUAAUAGUAUUUCUAGCUUCUCUAAACCAGUAAUAUCGUGGAAAUUUGUUGCUAUCUUCUUCAGUAAUCUCAUCAAUGAGAGGUACCUUUCAAUCAUUUUCACCUAACUCAUUAUCAGUAAACUAAUGUAACUUUCUAUGUUCUCCCUCACUUCUUCCAAUCGUUUCUUAUUAUUAUUUAUACUUAUAUUAAAGGUCUUUGAAUCCUUUUCUUUUCUAGAAAAACAACCUGGUUUUCUUAAGUGGACUAAAUUUACUUUGAAACAUAUUUUUAACUGACAUUCCAAUUUAACUAUCUGAUUAAAUAGUAGUAUUGAUAAACAAGAAAUAUUCUUAAAGAUUUGUUAUCUGGCAGUUAAUAAUUUCAAUUCAACUACAAAGAUUCCUCUAUGAAACAACCUAUUUGAAACAUUAUUUAUAUUGAUUAUACCAUUAAUAUGUGUAACACAAUGAUUGAAUUCUAUAAAUAUGUGUACUUCAACAACAACAACAACAACAGUGAUUAUUUCGUUUUAAGUUUAUUCAAUAUUCAUUUGUUUGUUUAAUAUAUUCAUUGCAUUAUUGACUGAUUUGUUCAUGUUAAAUAAAAAUAAAAGACCAAAGACAAACAAUCAAUCAGGUAUUUGAAAUUCACAAUAUAAUAAUUUGUAAAAUCAAGAAAAGAUGAAAUAGAUUUAAAAAAAUAGAUCAAGAUUGACAAAAGAUUAUUUAUAUAUCCUUAUGUCGAUUUUUGACAUACUGUAUACAAAUGUCAUAUUUUGUCAAUAAUUAAAUAGGGAAGAUUUGUUUACAGAACACAUCUUUAUUCUAGGGAAGUGCUUAUGACAAAAUUAUUUAUCAGAAUGGUAUUAGUUAGGAAUUCACAUAAAACAUCAAACACAUUUAUCUAGUUAUCUAUCAAACCAUCGUGAUUCCAUUCACUAUUCUGUACACAUUACCAAAAUUCCCCAUACUAAAUUAAAAUAUAUACCAUAGGAUGCGGGUAUUUAUGAGAAUUAUUUACUUUGGAUUAUUUAGCAUCACUAGUUGGAAAAAAUGACCCACUAAAAGCCAAAGAGCAUCAGCUGAACAGAUGUUUCGUUUUAUUUGAAACUUCUCAUAGUUUACCCACCCACCCCCAUCCAUACACAAAACUCAGUUCCUUCAGGUCUCAUGAUAGGAAUAUAAUUAACUGUACAAUUCAUUCCCUGGAUUUUGGGUUGUAAACAAAACCUAACAUUUACAGCUUUUUAACCAGAUACGAGUGAUGGCUGGUGGUGGAAUCGACCACAUGCACUUCGUCUUAUUUAGGAUUCAUCGGCUGGAUGUACCUGUAUUCCAGAAUUGAUGUUCACUCCAGAUUCCAAUCCAGUGCUAUUUACUUCAAGCACCAUCGCGUUAUUCACUUACUUAUUGUAUCCAGACAGCCAUUCGAUUCAAACAAUCAAUACAAAUGAAUAUACAGCUUUAAAUUCUUUUAUUUGGAUAUCUUAAACAGUGAACUUGCUACAAAACAUCAACAAUUUUACAUUUAAUUAUUUAUUAUAAAAUAAUAAGUUAAUCAUAGAAAGAAUGAUAUUUUUAUAAAUUAAAAGAAUCUAAGUCAACUAGACUAGUUAAAGGAUAAUAUAAAAUAAGAAUCAAAUAGAGCUAACAAGUAUAGAUAUUAUAUUUGAACAAUUUCUAGGUGACAUGUUCAAGUCUAUGCUAUCAAAAUGAUCAAUUAACGCAAAGUAUUCUUUUUUUUAUUCAAAAUAGAAUAGAUAAUAGAAUGUCUGAUAUUAUAUUUGGAAGAGCUUCAAAUUGAAUUCAUAUGAUAAACAGAAAAUAAUUAUUUAUUAAGGAGACUAAUUGUAAACAGAAAUACAUUUUAUAUUUCCUAUUAACAUUUAUACAUAAAUACAAUGAUCUAUUUGGAUGGAAUAAAAGAAAAGAAUUCGACUUGAAAUUUAAUACUUUAAUUAACAACAAUAACCGAUUCAUUAUCAUAUAACAACGAAUAUUUUAAUAGUUUUACUCUAAAAUUUAUUAUAUUUAAUACAGUUUAAGGCAGGUAUAUAAAUUCACUUGUAAACAGUACAAAUGAAAUAAUCACAUCUAACUCUCACUCUUUUUAUCUAUCUUUCAGAGUAAAUAAAUAAUCACUGAUCUAAACAACUGAAUAAACAAAUAAAAAUAUUCCAUGAAGUUAUUCGACAACUCAAGAAUUUGCUGUUAUCUCAUUUUUGUAAAAUAAACACAAAUAAAUAAUGAUUUAUAGCCAAAUAAAAUAAACAAUAACUGAUUUAGUCUAAACGUUUGAUUGUUUACAUAUAUAUGAUACUAAAUCCUUUUGUAAGGGUUAUUUACACUAGUGACUAAUUCACUAUCGAAAUAAUAAUAUCAACGGUUGUGGGAAAAUUAAGCAUAAGAAAUAUAAUUUAACAAACCAAAAGGAUUGGAAGAUGAGGAGUAUAGAACAAUAUCAUGAUUAAAGAUGUAUACAUUCCAGAUGAAACAGAUUACAAACCACACCUUUUAAAGUCUUUAAUCAUAGAUUACGACUAUGCCAAUUACUCUAACCAAAAAGCUUGUACAUAAUAACAUGGCUUAGAUCAACGGUUGAUAAAUUCAUGAGCUGUUAUCACGUUACGAUUAGCUUUUUAGUCAUUACAGUACUCACAAAAUCCACAAUAUAGUGGGAUUCCAUAUAACUGGGUUUUACAUUAAAAUAAACAUUUUUGUCUAGCAUAACCUAUAAGUAGUUGAAAAACUCAACAAAUACUUUUUUUCACAUAAAACGUUUGCUUAUCCAAAAUAUUUGUGUUUUUCUCAUCUUUCCCAAUAGUUUCGUUGUUGUUGUUGUUACCGCCUCUGUUACUGAUGUUGAAGGUGGUAGUCAGAAAAAUGUAUAGAAAAAUUUGUUACAAAAAGAAAUCAAUAUGGAAUAAUGGGAAAAAAAUUGAAACCGAAAACAAAACCGACUGGAAUUUAUGAUUUUUAUUUGGUCGGAUUCGAAAAGAAGAAUAAAAUAGAAUAAGGAUUUAGUUACCACAAAAAUAAAAGUAUAUAGAUUAGAAUAUUCCUAGAAAGAUUAAUGAUAAACUGUCUUUAAAUGUAAUAUCAAUACUUAUUAAAAAUUAAAGCCGUCAACUUUAAAUCUAGGCUUUAAUAAAAUUUUCUGCAAAUUUAGUCGUAUUCUUUGUGCGCAUACAUAUAUUACUCAGUCGUUAUUUAAAAAUAUGUUCGGUACUAAUAAUUAAUGUACUUCUGUUCAAAUUAAUGCUGUUUCUUAUCCUAUUCUCCCACUCAUGGAUUCAUAUAAAACGGAGUUUCAGUAAAGGUUUAUCCUAUAGUAGUCUAUUAAUUACUAAAAAUGUGAUAUUUCAGUAAUAUAGUACAAACUAGACAGGGGUUGUUAGGAAUACUAAUAAGUAUUGCAAAAUUAUGAAAAACGAAAAGUUAUUCCAUUGAAAUAAUAUUUCUAUACGUUUGUCCUAAAAUUAUACCCUGAAUUUAUUUUUUCAGUUCAUUGAUUAAGCUGAUGAAUUGACAUUCGACUUAUUUUAUCCACGAUUAUUCAAUCUUUUGUUGUAAUACUAUGCAAGUAAAGCUUUAAUUUAUUGUCAAGAAUGUGUGAAUAAAUCCAGAUUCAUAAAUUUACAGUGAUAAGUUAGUGUCUUGUAUAAAUAGACUAAAUAAAAAUGUUCUGUAAUAUUGUCUGAAACAAUUGUUAGUGUUUCCAUUUUCCAAAGAAAGGUUUAUAUUCAUUUCAAGUCAUAUUUAAUAUGUACCGAAUGAAGUUCAGAUUAGUCAUCAGAUUGAAUUAUUCAUUACAAAUUCUUUCAUCGUCUUGACAGUAAACAUACUUUACAUAACCAGUUGUAAAAACAAAUAAUUUAUAUUUAUAAACUUAAACUGUGUCGAAGAUGUAGACUAAUUCUGAGGUAUAAAUACAUUUACGUAAUCAGUUCCAAAAUCAGUCCAUGCAGUUACAUGUAUUUUUUUAGGCAUUAUACUCUCUAACCAACUUCAGAUUUACUGUCAUGAAUAUUACAACUAUUAUUUAUAUUAUGCUACCGUUCAUUCAAAUACAAUAACGAUUCGUUCUUUGUAACGUAUAUUAUUCAACUGUUAUAAUUAAUAAUAAAAUCCUACAUAGAAUAUUAAUAAUUCGGUUCACAUUUGACCUAUUUAAAUAAUUAUUUAUUUAUUUGAUUUAAAAAUGAAUGUUUAUCCAUAGUGAAAACAUUUUUUUAUUCAUCAAAAGGAUGUAUAUUUAGUUGUUUAGCCAACAUUUUCUAUUUGAGAAAAAUUAUAUUAACGCUUAUAUGAAUAAAAUAAUUUCAUAAUAUCAGUUAACUUAUGAAAUAAUAAUGCAUUGUACAAGUUUAUUAGUCUUAAAUUUUCUAUUAAGGAUAAAUUUCUUUUAGGGAUUGUCAACUACACUUCAUUCAACUGUAGUUAUCUCAUUUAAGUAUUUCAAUGAUAUCUAUCCAUUGAAUUAAUUUCAAUUGUAAAUGUACGAUUUAAAGAGAUUGUAAUUCUCUGUGAAUAACAAUCUAUGGAAGCCCAGUUAGUGUUUUUUUUUAUCACAAUUUCUUCAGAUUAAUAAUGAUUGUAAAUUUCAGCCAUUAACCUAUAAUUGAAUGUUUAGUAAAACGAUAUACAGAAUAUUCUAAAUAAUUUUGAUAAUAACACCUCACAUAGUCAGUAUGAAGGUCAGAAAAGAAGAAGAGUAAGUGGAAAAUGUAAAUCAACAAUAUAGUAGUAAUAUUGUAUAAUAUACUAGAACAUAGUCAAUAAAUGACAGAGCAAAUGGUUAUUUGAAAGUGCUAAUAAGAUAUAGGAUUACCAAUAGAUCACAAGGAAUCUAUUACACAGAAUAAUUUGACAAAAUGACCACUAACACAAAUAUUUAAUAUCCUCAGUUCGCAUGAAUUAGAAAAAUAAUUUAAGAAUAAGAAAAUCUUAUUUUUCUAUGUAUAACAAUUAAUCACUGGAGGUCAGCAUCAAGUCUCAACAAACAUAAUCAUGCAAAAAAUUUAUUUCUAUUAGACCAUAUGAUAUUAACUCCGCCAGUAGCUCUCCUAGAGUUACUCUCCGUCCCAAGCCCAGGUAAAGGAGGAGGGUUGGGCAUGAGUCAGCAACCCCAUCCCAUAGAAAAAAUCUAGAUAAAAAACGCUAACCAGAUUAGACCAUUUAAACUCUGCCUUCCGAGCUGAAGGAAGAAUUAAGACGGCUCAGGAUGAAAGCUGAAAUUCUUCGGAAGUCACGAAGCCGAUGCUCCUUCUAACAACCAAAGCAACAAUUUUUAUCGGUACAUGUAACGUCCGCACAAUGUAAGACGGACAGGACCAGUCAAACACCUACGGAAAUGAGGAGAUACAAACUGGCGAUUCUUGUAACCAGCGAAACCUAUUGGACCCAAGCUGCACAGCAAAGGCUAGAUAAGGGAGAGAUGCUACUAUACUCCGGUCAGGAAGAGGA